AUUAUAUAGUAUAUUAUAGAGUUUCAAACCAAACACGUUAAUAAAAUUGACAAAAGAAUGCUUGGAAAUAGAUGAUAACAUACCAAGCUUUUCAUUUUCUAAGGUUGUUUUUUCACUAGACCUUUGUCAACACAAUUUUUAUAGGAAAAAAAAUGGAUGCAACACAAAAAGAGAAAAUCUAUGUUGCUGUUGGUGAUGAUGCACAAGAUGGAUUUAAUACUUUGAAUUGGGCUCUCAAGAAAUGGAAUUCUCAUCCAAUUUCCAUUGUUAUUCUUCAUGUGACUCAUAAUAUUUCUAAGGAUUAUGUGUAUACACCAUUUGGAAAACUUCCAGCAAGAUCUUUGAAUGAUGAGAAACUUGAAGCUCUAAGAAAAGAUGAGAAAGAGAGGAUCAAGAAGUUGUUUUCCAAAUAUAUUGCUUUUUGUGGCAAGGUGUCAGCAGAAAUCCAUGAACUUGAGAAACUUGACGAGCCUACGCAAAAGCGCAUCAUAGACUUAAUAAUUGGGCUAGGAAUUACCAAAUUAGUCAUGGGAAUUUCAUUCAUGAAGCCUUCCUUGAAAUCAAAAGGUGCUAUUAGUGGACUAUUCUAUGUUCAUCAACACAAGCCUAGUUUAUGUGAAUUAUUCAUUAUAUGUGGUGGCAAGCAAGUUUUUCUAAGGGGAAACAAUGAUGAGAAAAUCAUGGAAGAUGAUAGUGGAGUCAUGGUUGCUAAAAUGAGAGAUAAGGUAACUUUUAAAGAUUGGCUAGACAAAAUGUUCAGUGACAAAACCAAUGAUUAUUCUCAGAAUAGAUUAAGUGCAUCUCCUUCAACAAUUAAUUUGGUCCAAAAUCAAUGGGAAUUUUAUCUUCAAGACAUAGAAAAUUAUUAUCAAGAAUUAUUAUCAUCAAAUUUGGAAGAAGGAAGCUAUGUGCAAGACAAUGAUAACUCACACAUUAGUCCAAUUGAGCCACAUGUCACUGAAUUGAACAAUUCUAAUAAGAAUACUACAGGAAAAAUUGAGAUCAUGAAAAAUAAGCUAAACGAAGCUCACAAAACCAUCGAGUUGAAGAGGAAAGAGACUAAGGAAAAUAUAGAGAGACGCACAAAAGCUGAAUGGGCAAUUAGCUUAUGCAACAGCAGGGCCGAAGAAAUUGAAGGUAGAAUAAGGGAAGAAGUAAGUACAAAAGAGGGCAUAAAGAAGGAAUUGCAAUUGGAGAAAGAUCAAAGAGAAGAAAUGACAAUCGAGAUUGAAGAGAGGAAACGAAGAAUGAGUUCAUUGGUAGAGCUUCAAUCAGAACUAUCAAACAAGCUUCAAAUUUCAACAAUAGCAAGAUCAAGAGCAGAGACACAAGUAGAGAGAGCAGUGAGGGAGAGGGCCGAAAUGGUGAGAGAGAUAGAAGAGUUAAGGAAGCAAAGAGAUGUGUUGAAUAGAAGGAUCGAGUUUUGCAAGCAAAAGGAUGCCAUAGGUAUGGCCGCGAGACUAAGCGACAAUGGAGCGAGUUUUGAGAUGAGGGAGUAUAGUGAGGUGGAGUUGAGGUUGGCGACCGAUAACUUUUCGGAGCGGUUGAGGUUGAAGUCUGGUGGGGAUUGGAGUAAUGUAUAUAGAGGACGCUUCAACCAUUCCAGUGUUGCAAUUAAGUUGUUACCUUCUUUUGCUUCUUUGUCUCGAGAGGAUUUUCAAUCCAAGAUGAGGUUUCUUGGUGAUAUUAGGCAACCACAUCUAGUAGCCAUGGUGGGCUUCUGCUCUGAGCCCAAAUGCAUAAUUUUUGAAUACAUGGGCAACGGAAGCUUACAAGACAUGCUAUUUUCUAGGCGAAGAAAUCGGGGUUUACGGUGGCACGAUCGAAUACGAAUAGCGACAGAAGUUUGCUCGGGCUUGGGCUUUCUUAACUCAUCUCAACAAAGGCCCAUUCUUCAUUGUCAUGUAAACCCAGCCCACAUUCUUCUCGACCGCAAUUUAGUCGCAAAAAUCACGGGCUUUGGGCUUCAAGACUGCGACGACAAGGAAUGCAACGUUGAGUCGGAUUUACGGAGCGUAGGGAUUUUGUUGAUGCAGCUUUUGACCGGAAGAAAUUGGGCCGGGCCCAUUGAAGAGCCCAUGACAAUGGAUAUGGAUAGAGAAACAUUGGUUAAUGUUCUUGAUGACAUGGCUGGACAGUGGCCAUUGGAUCUAGCAAAAGAGAUUGUGAGCCUGGCUAUGAUUUGCAUGUCUGUGAAAAGCAAGCCCAACCUAAAUUUAAGCAUUGCAAGGGUCUUAGAGGAACUCAAUAAGAUUAGAAGAAAGGGUGAUGAAAUAGUUGCAAAGGAGGAUAGAAAGGUAAUUAUUGGUGGAUGCAUAGAUAGAGAGGGCUCUAGUGAUGUUCCUAGUGUUUUCCUUUGCCCUAUACUUCAGGAGGUAAUGAAAAAUCCACAUGUGGCAGCAGAUGGAUUUUCCUAUGAGCUGGAAGCAAUAGAACAGUGGUUGCAUUCAGGACAUGAUACAUCACCAAUGACAAAUUUAAGGCUGAAACACACAUUACUUACACCAAAUUACACACUCCGUUCCUUCCUAGAGGAAUGGCAAACCAAACAAUCAACUCAAAUUGCAAACUAAUACCAAUAUAAUUUUGGUUCAUUGGAUUUUCUACAUUGUACAGUUAAAUUGUGACUGCCACGUUUUUCUUUCUCAUUUUGAACAUUAAAAUAGUAUAAAGUUUUUUAUUUAUUUACUCCAACACA